CCACUCUUCACUCAGCUGUUAAGUUAAACUAAACAUGGUGAAAAGCACAAACUACAAAGCACAUUCUUCGAUAUUUAAGCGAUUCAAGCAAUGUGUGAGAAAUGAUAGCGUCGCACUGUUUCACUAACAAUAUGUUAAAGCGAUAAGCUGGGUAUUCAAGUGUGUGGAUUUCUAAUUAAGUUUGAUUAAAAUGGAAUUUGAGAGUCCAGAUGUGAUGAAAGACUUCCCAGGUCUGUUUGUAUCAGAAGGCAGUAAGAAAGGAUCGAAUGACAGUGAUUACAGUGAUGAGACUGACAAAUUGGCCAAGAAAGAUCUUCUUAAGCGAAAGGAGAAAAAGGAUAAGAAGGAUAAGGAAAGAGGCUAUGCAGCUCUAGAGGGUGAGAGUUCUGCUGAUGAAAAUGAUAGCAGAAGUCCAUCAAAAAUAAAAAAAUCUAAGACGUUUAAAUUUACCACAUCGAAAUCUAAAGAAAAACGCGAAAAGUCCAGGGAAAAAGAGUUAAUCGAUAAAAAAUCCAAGGAAAAAGAGAAAAAAAGUGAGAAAAAAGUCGAAAAGGAUAAAAAGGCUGAGAAAAAAGAACGCAAAUGUAAAUCAGCUGAUGAACACACAGAUAUUGCAGAUGGUAUGCCAAUAUUUGGUGUCCCCCUAGACAUAGCAGUAGAAAGAAGCCGAUGUCAUGACGGAAUCGACAUCCCUUUACCAGUUAGAGCCUGCAUAGACUACAUCCAAUCAGUAGGACUCACACUUGAAGGUGUUUACAAGAUGAGCGGCACCAAAGCAAAAGUCCUACAACUCAGAAAGCUUUACAAUCAACGCGAACACGUAGAUCUUACCGAAUAUGAAAUCCCAAUAGCUACUAGUUUGUUGAAGCUUUUCCUGCGCGAUUUACCCGAACCAAUCUUCACGAGUGAUAUGUUAGUGAGGUUUGAGGAAGCGGGCGCCAUCUUGAACGUUGGCACACGCGAGAAACACCUGAAAAUACUCGUUGAGAAUCUUCCGCCCAACAAUCGACUAUUACUCUCUUGGAUAUUGAUACAUCUAGACGAUGUUGUUUUGAAUGAACGUCUGAAUAAGAUGAAUAUAUCCACGAUGGUCGGUGCUUUAGGACCAACUUUACAUACAUCCAGUCGAUUGCUUACAGCUUUGCUACAUCAUUGCAGAGCGUUGUUUCCUACGGUUAUUCUAGAAGCUUAUAUUCCUCCUUUGAGUAGCACAGAACAAUUGCCGGUUGAAUUGGAUCAACUUGAAGUUGAAUUAUUGAAGCAAGAGAGUUUAUUGUCUCAGAUUCAUGCGGAAAUGAACGCUGGGUAUAUUAUUAAGACUCGUGAGGAGUUACUUUGGGAAGUUCAAAGGAUAAUCACCCAGUUAAAGAGAAAAAUCAAAAAUCUUCAAAAAGAAGAAAAACCAGACAAAGUUAAAGAAGUUGUAGCAUCAGUACCAGCCGUCCCUAUCAACCCAACCCCAUCUUCAUCUUCUACUACUUCAACUUCAACAAUAAUAAAAGAAACAGUUGAAAUUCACACACAGAAUGCUCAACUGCCACAACCAACACAAUCACAACUACAAGAAACUCAAGAUGAAGAAGAACCAAUACCUUUGCCACUCCCUACAGAAGAUUCCCCAGAUUCUUCACCUCCAUCAUCAGAUUCAUGUCCUCCAAAUAACACAGUAGUAGAUUCACCACAAACACCAACUCCAGUUGAUGCAGAACCACCACCAGCGCCACAAAACGAACAAACCGAUCAAAAUAAAUUAGCCUUAGAACGUCGACAGUUGCUAGACAACUCGCUGCAGCCCAACACUGACGAAUCAAUCGCUCUCUUACAAAUUAAACACACAGCACUCUGCGCAUUACGUGAUAAACUAACAAAAACAAUUCAAAAUGAACGUCAGGAAGUUCUCGAACUAAAGAAACAGAUUGUGGAGGACACUGUAAUACCGACGUAUAACAACGAUCAAAAUAUGGAUGAGAUUAUGACGCUGCUACAGCAAGAGAAUCAGAUUCUCGAGAUUAAGAAGAUUAAUCUUGUGCGGCGGAUCAUGGAGCAGGAGGAGAUGUGUAUUGACCUACGUUCGAAACUCGUGCUGAUACAGUAACCUAACCAUAUUUCAUAACUCUACUAUGCUCAUAACAUUUUCUACGAGUCGUAAUUUGUUUUAGAAAGAAACUAAAUUAUUCCUUACCAUUAAUGAUGAUAAUGAUGUCCAGCUAGAUGAAUAAAUAUGUACGCUAGUUAUCAA